AUGGGUCUUUCCGCAGCCAAAAGUCUCGAAAAUAUGUCUAACAAAGACCUGGACUUCUUGUUUAGCUGUCUCAAAAUCCACCCGGAGUAUUCUUCCGUCAUUUUCAAAUUAGCCAAUCUCAUCCGCACGGCAGCUCAAAUAUACUUGAGUCGGGCAACCAACAUGCCAAACCAGGUGAUCACGGAACUGGUUCAACAGUUCCUGGCAGACACCGCUUCUUAUAAUGCAACUUCACCCGGGGGCCAUAUUCUGAUUUGGCCAUUUUUUAUAGUCGGGGCGGAGUGCUCGUCCGAGCAAGACAGGGAGUUUGUCACCAUGCAGUUACAGAAUCUCUGGGAUUGUACGGGCUUUGGAAGCCCGCUCUAUGCGAUCAAGCUGCUGGGAGAUAUAUGGCAGGAACCUCCAGGGACGAAUUGGACGCAGACAUUAGUGGAUAAGGUAGAAGGGUUCAUUAUGUGA